AUGGCUGUGCUCAAAAUGCGCAGCCUCCUUGCAGCUCUCGCAAUCACCUCAUCCACCGCGCGGAUCGGCUCCAUCGGCCCGCGGGCGGUGCUGGGCGGGCGGUCGAUGCGGUCGCUCGCCGUCGUCGAGCCGUCGUCGACGACGGACGGCCGCGAGGUGGCAGAGCUGCGCACCAACAACCGGUGGACGACGGCGCUGCGGGGCGGGGCCCGGGGCGCCGCGGCCAAGCCGCCCGCCGCGCUGCGGUGGGCGUACGCCGCGUGCGGCGCCGCGACGACCGUCGCGUGGACGACGGUCGUCCGCACGACGAUCCGGUCGAACCAGCCGCUCGGCAUGAUGGUGCCGACGUUCCAGCACGGCCUCUUCGCGCGCAUCGGCGCCAUGUCGGCGGCGCCGAUCAUCGUCACGUCCGUCGCCGCGCUCGCGAGCGCGGCCCGCGACACGAACUGGGACCGCCUCAAGACCCGGGCGAGCCGCCGGCUCAAUCUGGCCAUGGCGACGGCGUGCCUCGGCAACGCGCUCUGGGUCGGCUUCGCGCCCGUGCUCACGGCCAUCCCGGGCACGGGCACGUCGCACCAGGCCUACGCCGGCCUCACGCGCGCGGCCCUCGUCGGCGCCUACGGCGCCGCGUCCGCGCUCUCCGCGGCGGUCUGGGCGAAGACGUGCCCGGAGACGAACCCGCUCCUCUGGCCCGGCCGCGUCGCCGACGGCUGCGCCAAGAGCCUCUACAGCCUCAUGCCCGCGAACGUGGACGACUCGGUCAACGUCAAGUACGCCCUCCUCACCGCGUCGUUCCUCGUCUUCACGGGCCUCGGGCUCGGCUCGUUCCCGCUCUCCGUCAUCCCGAGCUGGACCGCGCGCCGCCUCCGCGGCGCCUUCCCCUGCUGGACCCUCCUCGCCGCCGCCAACUGCCUCACCCUCAAGGAGGCCGCCGAAGACGGCAGCCUCCUGAAGGACGAGACGUGCAAGACGCUCGCGGGCGGCGUCGCGGGCUUCGGCGGCGUCUACCUCGCCUCCAAGGCCGGCGCGGUCUUCCUCGACCCCUCCUUCCCCAAGUCCUACCACGCCGUCGUCAUGAGCCCCGCCUGGGCCACCGCUGCCAUCGUCCUCGUCGCCUUCACCCUCAAGCCCGACACCGCGGCCGCGUAG